AUGGGGAACUUGAUGCUGUUGGUUCUUCUGCUGCUGCACCUGCCAACAGAUGUCUGGUCCAUCCAGGUGAUUGUUCCUGAGACAGAGAGACACACCACUCUGUUUGCGUCUGUGAUUCUGCGCUGUGACUAUAGCACCUCCGCCAACCCUCAGGACGUCCUGGUGUCCUGGAAGUUCAAGUCCUUCUGCAAAGACCCAGUGCUGGAAUACUACUCCACAGCCUAUCAGGCAGCAAUUCAGCUUGGACAGGACCCUUCCAAUGACUGCCCUGACCGCCACCGUACUGUCCGCACUGUGAUCCAAAAGAGAGGUUUAAACGAGCCUAUGUUGGGGGCGGACUACAGAGAGAGAAAAAUAACUAUACAAAACAAGGCUGACCUGGUCAUAACAGAAGUCAUGUGGUGGGAUAAUGGAGUGUACUACUGCACUAUUGAUGCUCCUGGUGACACAUCAGGGGACUCUGAUCGUGAAGUCAAACUCAUUGUGUAUCAUUGGCUGACGGUGCUGCUCAUCAUCAUUGGUGCGCUCCUGUUGAUCAUCCUCUUCUGCGUCUGCUGCUGCCAGUGCUGCCCUCAGAAGUGCUGCUGCUAUGUCCGCUGUCCCUGCUGUCCACAGACAUGCUGCUGUCCUGAGAAAGUGGUGAUGCAGCACAGAAUGAUACGAGAUGCACAGAAGGCCAUGGUCCCCUGGAUGAACGGCCAGCCUAUUUACGCUCCCAUCAGCUCCAAUGCCUCUGCUCAGGGCGUCCCGAUCCUUUACUCAGGAUCAUACUCAGAUUACCCUCAAAAACCAAAUCUGGCUAUGGCACCUAUGCAAUUUUCACCAAUGGGCUUCCCAAACCACGGUCCUCCUCCUCUGGUGAAUGGCAGCCUGCAGGGCAGUGUGCAGGAGACCAGUCAGGUCCUGGAUUACCUUGAGAACCAGGUCAGAGGACUGGAUAUGUCUCCCCUGCCUCAGGUUAUGGCACCACUACAGUCCCAUCCUUUACAGCACCCUCCACCACCACUACAGUCCCGUCCUCCACCAGGCCCUCCACCUGUGCCCUAUACCCCCGGUCCUCCGAGCAUGCUGUCAGCUCUGGACGAGAUGGGAGUGAGAGGAACGGAGAGGCGGGUGAUCACUCUGCCUCCCAUUAUCCAGCGCAAUCCCAGCUUCAGCUCUCCCAGAGGUGGUGCUGAGAGGGGCCUGCCUGGACCCAAACUCUCCAGUCAGUCUAGUGGGAGUACCAAUCGCUCCGGUGUCCGUGGAUACAGAGACACAUCGCCCCCGCGGCGUGGGAUCUUACGUGACUAUAAUGAAGACACGGCGUGGGACAACAGGCAAAACCGAGCCCCGCACAGGAGGAAUGAGAGUGGCUCCUCCAGGAGCCAUGGAUCCAGACCUCACACACGCAGUCGAGAUGACCUGAUGGAGGAGCUGCAGAGCAGACCACGACGGCGAGAGCGGAGCUACUCUCCUCAGAGACACAAAAGCUCCUGGAGCUCCGAUGAAGACUACAGCAGCAGGAGGAAGAAGAGAGGCAAAGAGAAGGACUGGCCGGAACAACCUCCCAGUUACUUCUCCAUCGAGAUGCAGCCAGGACACAGCAGAAGGAACUAUGACCGGCUCUCUGAUAGAAGCUCCCGUAGCAGCACGAGUGUAGUCAUCUGA